AUGAGGCUCAUCAAAGCUCUCAUCUCCGUCGCCCUCGUGGCCGACGCUGCUGUUGCCAGCAGCAACAGCUGGUUCUCCAAGGCCGGUAAAUACACCUACAACAAGUGGCAUGAGACCGAGCUCGAGCGUUGGCUCUCCGACCAUGACAUCCCCUACCCCACCCCGGCCGACCGCAAGGACCUGGAGAAGCUCAUCCAGUCCAACUGGGACGCCUACGCCGUCAGUCCCUACAAGAACUGGGACAACGACAAGCUGGCAGGCUACCUUCAGCAGAAGGGUGUCGAUGUCCAGGACUCUGCCAAGUCAAGCAAGGACACACUGGUCGCACAGGUUGCAGCUUCUUGGUACGAGACCGAAGAUAAGGCUCAGAACGCCUACUUCAGCGUCAAGGAUUGGAUCCUGGACACCUGGACAGAGAGCCAGCUCAAGGCCUUUUGUGAUCAUCAUGCCAUUCCUGUACCGCAACCCCGCCAGAGGGACACCAUCCUGUCGAAGGCCCGCAGCAACUAUGACACGGUUGCUCAGAAGGUCGGCGAGGCUGCGUCGUAUCCUGGCGACUGGCUCUACGAGACUUGGACUGAAUCCGAUCUGAAAGAGUGGCUUGACACUCAUGGGUUUCCAGCCCCCCAGCCCAGCACUCGUGACAAACUCAUCGCCUCGGUCCGCCGCAACUCGCGUUUGGCCUACCUCAAGUCGCAAGAGCAGCUUGCGAGUGCCACAUCCAGCGCCCAGGCUGCGUAUGCAACGCUCACUGACAAGCUCAUCGAUUCCUGGAGCGAGUCUCAGCUGAAGGAGUUCGCGGACAAGAAUGGAAUUCCCGUCCCUCAAGGAACGAAACUGAACGAGCUCCGCGCUCUGGUCCGCAAGAACCGUGCCGACAUCCUUGGCGACAACGUGUCCGGUACUGCUGCUUCGGCGUUCGGAGCCGCGACCUCGCAGGCUGGAAACCAGUACGCAAAGGCCACCAACGACGCAUCACUGGCCGCCCAAGACGCUUUCAACAGCGCAAUUGACUCCUGGUCAGACACUCGUCUCAAAGGCUACCUUGACGCCCGUGGCGUCCCCGUUCCACAUGCCUCCAAGACCGAUGAGCUUCGCGCCUUGGUCCGCAAGAACUACCACAAGGCAUCCACUGGCUGGGAUGCCUGGACUUUUGACGACUUCUCGGUUGAGAACCUAAAGGAUUACCUGAAGGCUAACGGAGACGCUGCUGCCAAGAAGACAGCUGACAAGUCUGGCGCUACUCGCGAUGAACUUGUCAGUGCCGCACAGUCUGCCUACACCUCUGCCUCGUCUGCUGGCGGUGCCACGUACGCAUCCGUCACGAGCUACCUCACCCAGGCUACGGACUCGGUCAGGAAGAGCGCAUUCGAUACCUGGAGUGAGAGCGAUUUGAAGAACUACCUCGACAGCUAUGGAAUUCCUGCUCCUCAGGGAUCGAACAUUAACGAGUUGCGAGCUCUCGCCCGCAAGCACUCGACCUACUUCCGCUACGGCACAAGCAGUCCAUCUGGCACAGCCUUUGCCAAGCUCAGCGAGACACUCCAGGGGGCCUGGCAGUGGUUCGCAGGCCAACUCAACAUCGGUGCCGAUGUUGCGAAGCAACAGGCCGGCGAGGCCAAAGACAAGGUUAAGGAGGAGCUCUAA